AUGCCCCCAACCAACCUACUCAACCAUGAAACAACCACCACGCCUCCAACCAACCCGCUCACCCAUAAAACAACCACCACGCCUCCAACCAACCUACUCAACCAUGAAACAACCACCACGCCUCCAACCAACCUACUCAACCAUGAAACAACCACCACGCCACCAACUAACCCGUUCACCCAUAAAACAACCACCACGCCUCCAACCAACCAACUCACCCAUAAAACACCCACCAUGCCUCCAACCAACCCACUCACCCAUAAACACAUCCACCAUGCCUCCAACCAACCCGCUUACCCAUAA